CUUUCUUUCCUCUCUCUCUCUCGUGCCCGUGUCUCCAAUGGAGCGAAUUUCCCUAUAACUUCCCCGAUCGCUCCCCCUCUGCCCCCCCCCACUUUGUAUUUGGGGGGGAUCUUAUAGGGGGGUCGGAGAUCUAUCCCCCCCCCCCCAGGAUGAGUCUUUUUUGUCUUAGAUUUCGGGUUGAUUUUUUUUCCUCUUAAAGUUGGAUCUUUCGCUCUCUCUUGAUUUUGGGGUCCCGCCCCACACCCCCCCUCCCCUGCCUGCGAUCCAUCUCCAGAGAAGAGAGCGAUUCCGGAGAAGGAGACGGGGGAAAACUGCUACAGCCUUCGAAAUGACUCAGUAACUUUUGCGCCUUGGGUCUCUCUUCUGCAAUUAGUCAGUUUCCCAGAUCAACUCGGGAUGUAUUCGUCUCCUCUGUGCUUAACUCAGGAUGAGUUCCAUCCGUUCAUCGAGGCGCUGCUCCCCCACGUCCGGGCCUUCGCCUACACGUGGUUCAACCUGCAGGCCCGCAAGCGCAAGUACUUCAAGAAGCACGAGAAGAGGAUGACGAAGGACGAGGAGAGGGCGGUGAAGGACGAGCUGCUGAACGAGAAGCCCGAGGUCAAGCAGAAGUGGGCGUCCCGGCUGCUGGCCAAGCUACGCAAGGACAUCCGGCCCGAGUUCCGGGAGGACUUUGUGCUCUCCAUCACGGGCAAGAAGCCCUCGUGCUGCGUCCUCUCCAACCCCGACCAGAAGGGCAAGAUGCGGCGCAUCGACUGCCUGCGCCAGGCCGACAAGGUGUGGCGCUUGGACCUGGUCAUGGUGAUCCUCUUCAAGGGCAUCCCGCUGGAGAGCACGGACGGGGAGCGGCUGGUCAAGGCGGCCCAGUGCACCAACCCCAUCCUGUGCGUCCAGCCCCACCACAUCAGCGUCUCCGUCAAGGAGCUCGACCUCUACCUGGCCUACUUCGUCCGCGAGAGAGAUUCGGAGCAAAGCAGCAGUCCGAGGACAGGGAUCGGCUCAGACCAGGAGGACAGCAAACCGAUCACAUUGGAUACGACAGACUUCCAGGAGAGCUUUGUCACAUCGGGGGUAUUCAGCGUCACAGAGCUCAUCCAGGUCUCCCGAACGCCGGUGGUGACAGGCACGGGGCCAAACUUCUCUCUGGGUGAGUUGCAGGGUCAUCUGGCCUAUGAUCUGAACCCCUCGAGCACUGGCAUGAGACGGACGCUCCCCAGCACCUCGUCCAGCGGGAGUAAACGACACAAGUCUGGCUCCAUGGAGGAUGACAUAGACACGAGUCCGGGGGGCGAGUACUACACCUCGCCCAGUUCGCCCACGAGCAGCAGCCGCAACUGGACAGACGACAUGGAAGGGGGCAUCUCCCCCGUGAAAAAGACGGAGAUUGACAAAUCGCCCUUCAACAGCCCGUCGCCCCAGGACUCCUCCCCGAGGUUGAGCUUCACCCAGCAUCACCGUCCGGUCAUCGCCGUGCACAGCGGUAUCGCUCGAAGCCCACACCCUUCAUCUACUCUGCAUUUCCCCACCACCUCGAUCCUCCCCCAGGCGGCCUCCACCUACUUCCCCCACACGGCCAUACGGUACCCGCCUCAUCUCAACCCGCAGGACCCUCUGAAAGAUCUCGUCUCACUGGCCUGCGACCCGUCCAAUCAGCAGCCUGGACCGUUAAAUGGAAGUGGUCAAGUGAAAGUGCCCAGUCACUACAUUUCCACCCAGAUGCUGGCGCCGCCACCUCCCCCUGGCAUCCCCCGGCUGGCUCUCUCUCCUGACACCAAAUCCACCACGACAACUUCCGAGGGCGGGACAACCUCACCGACAUCACCCACCUACUCUGCACCCGGCACGCCCCCUGCGAAUCGUUCCUUCGUGGGAUUAGGACCAAGGGAUCCGGGGAGUAUGUACCAGGCACAGUCCUGGUACCUGGGAUAAUCAGAGCUGCCCCAUCCCGUCGCCUCCCUUCUCCUCUGCUUUGGGCGUCCCGAGAGGAAAACAAGUAACACAGCCCCAGGCCCAGCCUUUCGGUGAAGAUGGAGAGAGCGAAUUAACGAUGACGACAACGACAACAAGAAAAAGAGACCCACACCCAAGACGUUACAAGGAAGGAAGGAAGGAAAAGGUUCAAACUUUUUUAAAAAGUAAAAACAAACAAAAACCCUACAGACAAAACAGCGAUCCACGCAUGUGACGAUGCGGAGUCCCGUUUGCCAGAAACACUAUUUGCCCUGCCGGCUGACCUCCUGGGAAGAGAACGGACACAGCUCAUGACACAGGUCUCUUCCAGCAGCAGCAGCGCCGGAGUCUCGCCUGCAGUUCU